AUGGACACUUCGCUGCAUGAUACUCACCCUCCACAUGGACGUGCGGCAUUUGCUCACAGAGAUGAAAGGGCUAGCAAAACCUACGAGCGGCUGCAGAAGAAACUGAAGGAGAGGCACGGGGUGGGCGGAGGGGGAGGUGGAGGCCUGGCCCUCUCCAAAGACAGUCCCCCUCCGUCCCCGCAGAAGAGCCGUGGGACACCGCCGUCAGGAGGAGAUCUCCAGAACGGGCUGGGGGGUAAGGGUGCAGACGAGCAAGCACAGCCCAGCACUGCAGUCACCGCCCUGGGCAAAAGUCCAGGCAGAGGGAAGGACACGGAAUCUGGAGAACUGGAUGAAGAAGCAAAGGCUCUUCAGGAACGACUAAACUCCAUCUGCAAGCCAGUGAUGACAGACAUCCAGGCCAGAGGGGCCAGUUUGAGUUGGGUGGCCCCAUCACAGCCAGAAGGUGACGAUGAGCCCAAAGAGGGAGAAGAAGGCCCUGCGGAGCCCAGCUUCACGUAUGAGGUCUCAGUCUCGUACAGUGGCAAGGAUGGGAAGUACAAGAGCGCCUACAGUGGUGUGGAACUAAGUGCAACCUUACAAGACUUAAGACCAGCAACAGACUACCAUGUCAGGGUCCAGGCCAUGUGUAACUGUUUACAAGGCGUUCCUUCAGAGCCUGUGAGCUUCACCACUCUGAGCUGUGAGCCAGACGGGCCCAGCCCGCCACGCAAAGCCAGCGGCACCAAGAGCAGCCUUGUCCUGCAAUGGAAGGCUCCAUGUGACAAUGGUUCCAAAAUCCAAAACUAUAUUCUUCAGUGGGAUGAGGGGAAGGGGACGGGUGCGUUUGAACAGUGCUACUACGGCCCUCAGAAGCAGUACAGACUCACCAAACUCUCCACAGCUUCCAGAUAUUAUUUUCGGCUGGCAGCCAAAAAUGACAUGGGGGUGAGUGAGUUCAGUGAUGUCGUCCACAUCAUGACAUCAUGCAGUGUGCCUGCUCCUCCCUUAAGCCCUGAGCUGAUUCAGUCCGGGGUCACAUGGCUCUGUGUGCGAUGGCACAGGCCUGCCGGCUCGCCCAAAGAGGACGAAAUCAGCUACGUGCUGGAGAUGGAAGAGGAGGGCUCAGGUUAUGGGUUCCAGGCCAGUUAUGAUGGUGACGAGCUGUCACACACUGUCAGAAACCUCCACAGGAGCACCACAUACAGGUUCAGGGUGAGAACACACAAACACACACUGAUUGCCUUUUUGUUCUUAUGUUUUUUUUGUUUCCUCUCCUCAACUCUUGACUCUCCUCACCCCAUCCCGUUCAUGAUUGAGACUCAGCUGUUGCCAGCGGCUGUGAGAUGA